CACCCUUUGGAGGUUGAUACAUUAGCUGCAGUAGCUGGUGGCAGAUUGACAAGAUGGCCAAGUCUAAUCUGGAUCUGAUCUGCGAAUGCGAUAACUUCCCCUACUACGAGGACAACCGCGUCGCUUACACCGAGAACCUCAAGAACUACCAUGCCUUCCGCGUUUCUAGCUACGAUGUCACACUAGGAUAUAUCCUGAAUUCUGUGGUCGAGAAGUUUCCCUGGCCGAAAGAGAUCUGGGCCAUCGAUUCUGCAGCCCAGACAGUCACCCUGGUCACACCGGCAGAUGCCGAUCCUGCACACCGCAGCAAGCUCGUUGCUGAGAGUCUCGCCGAGGCUGUCAGACUGGAAUGCUUCGAAGUGCUGAAAGGAUGGCGCAAUGAGAAGUACCCUGUCUAUGGACCUGGGGGUGAAUACCUACUCGAGAUGGAGCGCAGCGCAACACCUUUGUUCGGCAUCGUCUCGUAUGGCGCCCAUAUGACCGGAUACGUGGAAGAUGCGACAGGCUUGAAAUUCUGGAUCCCGCGACGUGCAAAGAAUAAGCAGACCUACCCCAGCAUGCUGGACAACACCGUCGCCGGAGGGAUGUGCACCGGCGAGAAGCCGUUUGAGUGCAUCGUCCGCGAGGCUAUGGAGGAAGCCUCCCUACCAGAAUCGGUUGUACGCGCUUCAAUUGUGCCGGUGGGGUGCGUCACAUAUACCCAUGUGAGAGAUCCUCGUGCUGGUGGAGAGAUCGGCUUGUUGCAGCCGGAGGUUGAGUAUGUCUACGACCUGAAGCUUGAUCCGUCCGUUAUUCCCAAGCCCUGUGACGACGAGGUCGAAGAAUUUAACCUGCUCUCGGUAUCUGAGGUUAAGGAGGCAUUGGCCCGUGGCGAAUUCAAACCGAACUGCUCGAUCAUCAUGAUCGACUUCUUUAUUCGCCAUGGUAUCUUGACCGCCGAGAACGAACCGGAUUAUCUGGACAUCGUGGCGCGCUUACAUCGCCGGAUGGAACACCCAACGGCUUCGCAUUGCUUGAAAUAGAGCUUGGGUAUAGGUUCGGUCUUGUAGAUUACCUUGACCUUGCCCUGUUAGUAGUGGAUUAGCUGAUUGACAUACUCUCUCGAACGCCUGAGAAUAUUCCAGGGCGAAUUUUUGUUACAUAAAGUGUACAAGUCGGACCUAAAUUGCUAGGUUGAAUACAUAGCUCUUGAGAG